AUGUCAGGGAAGCAGAAGUCAGUGCACAGCAGCGUGCGCUCGGAGCCGGCGUUAGAGGGAUUCCCCGAGCCGCUGCGCCGCUCGCUGCCGGCCGGGACCGGACCCACCCGCUCCGCUCCAGGCGUCAUGAGCCGCGCAGCCGCCGCGCUGGGGCCGCUGCCCGCGCUGCUGCUGCUGCUGCUGCCGGCGCGCACGGCGCUGCUGGCUGGGGCCUGCAGUUGCGCGCCCGCGCAUCCCCAGCACCUCAUCUGCGACGCGGCCCUGGUGAUUCGAGCUAAAAUAUCCAGUGAGAAGGUGGUUCCUGCCAGUGAUAAUCCUCUUGAUACCCACAAAAUGAUCCGGUAUGAAAUCAAACAAAUAAAGAUGUUUAAAGGAUUUGAAAAGGUCAAGGAUGUCCAGUAUGUCUAUACCCCUUUUGAUUCGUCCCUCUGCGGUGUGAAACUAGAAGCUAACAACAAAAAACAGUACCUUUUGACAGGCCAAAUUUUAAAUGAUGGUAAAGUCUUCAUCCAUUUAUGCAACUACAUUGAACCAUGGGAUGACUUAUCCUUGUCUCAAAAGAAGAGUCUUAAUCAGAGAUACCAAAUGGGCUGUGGCUGCAAAAUUACGACCUGCUACAUGGUGCCCUGUUCCAUCACUGCACCGAACGAGUGCCUCUGGACAGACUGGCUGAUAGAAAGAAAGCUGUACGGGCACCAAGCCAAGCACUAUGCCUGCAUCAAGAGAAGUGAUGGCACUUGCAGCUGGUACCGAGGUGGUCCUCCCCCAGAGAAAGACUUUAUUGACAUCAGCGAACCUUAAACCCAUCACUUUCUAGAAAGCCUCGGAGGCUAAUUCUAUCAAACACUGCACGCUCACAGCUUUGAACUGCCAUCCUCUAAUGUAUCUGUUGCUUAGAAACAAAAACAAAUUGUCCUGUACAGCUAAAGUACGAGUCUGUGGAAUUGGCACUCACGCAAGAUGAGGAACAAACCUCCUGGAAGUAGCUACUCUGUAAAGUUACGCUUUGUACAGAGAGGCUCAAGCUGAGAAUGCGCCUCUGUGUCCUCUAAGGCACAACAAGUUUCCCUUUUACCAAUAUGAAUGUACAAGAACAAAAGAAUUGCCAGAUUUUUUGUCCCCUAUUUCUGUUAACUUACAGAGUUUCAUUCCAGCCCCAUGUUUCAUUCCAGAUCUUGCUGAUGAACUACAGAAUGUUUUAUAGAACUAUUUUUUCUGUAUGGAAGCCUUCUGAUACAAAAGAAUUAUUGUACAGUGUAUAUGUAAAGUGUUAUAACAAUGUGUUAUAAAAAAAGAUUAAAAAAAUCCCUCUAUCUCCUUAUCUAUUGAAACAAGUUGAACAGUUUCCUGAUUCAAACAAUCUAUGCUCUGUAUUUUGUACAUUACUUAAGUCAUAGCUUUCUUUAUCUACAAUUUCAUGGAUAACUAAGUUAAGAAACAGCUUUGAUAAUCAAAAUCCUCUUACCCAAUUCAAUAUUUCUAUGGACUAGGUAUAUUUUGGUGAAAGAAAAGCCACAUGUUCUAAUGCUUCAGCAUUUCAUGGAACCUCCACAAGUAACAACAGGCUAAAACUGCACAUAUUUACAGAAACCAUGUGGGGCAUCACAGCAGCUGCAGCACCUGAUAACGCCUCUCUAAAUAUGUGACUAGGUCAUUGUAUUUCAGCACUGUUAAAAGCCUUGGCUUUAGAAACUCAUGUAAAAAAACAUAUGCAAUAGAUACUGAAUGACUUACACUGCAAGUGAUUCCUUUUAAGCUCUCAACUAUUCGAUCAUAUCAAAUAGAUUAAAUUUACAUUAAUGAUUCACAAAUACCCAUCAUACUCUGUCAUACAGCAUUCAGUAACUCAUGAACUAGAGAAGUGUUACAGUGUACUUUGCUUUUUAGCGUCUUAACUUUUAUGAAUCGAUUAGUGUAGUUCAUAGCUAAUCCCACACAUACUUGAGUUACAAAAGUAAUUCAGUUCACAGUGGUAAAACUCAUGGAAUUCUGUCAGUAAAUGCCAAAGUUCAGACAAUUAUACAACUGCUCAUUCCAUAAACUGGAUGAGACCCAUCACACAUGGUAUGAAUCUGCAAUAGCUGCCAUUUCUGAUGUAUUCUACUCUCUCCAAUUGGGUUUCUUUUACUUCAUCCCAGUUUUGGCUAGAAACAACUCUCAUGUAUUCCUCACAGGCGACUUCAGAACAACAGGUGGAGAUUUAGGCAGUUCUGUUCUCCUUUGGUUAGAUCGGGUCUAUUUAAACACUGUGCUAAUUCCUGCUAACCAGUGGGACAUUUCCAGCCCAUGGGCUCACCAGGUAUCAGAGCUGUUCCUGCCUAUUGGUUCAAGGGUCCACUUUUCCAAAUAGUCCCUUACUCUGUUUGCUUUAGGGUCCUUAUAAAAUCCCUGGGACUUCAACUUGCAAAGAAGAUAUGCACAUCUUGAAUGAAAUUAGAGGGGCCUAUGCACUUAAAUUUGAUGAAGUAGUAGUCUGGACAUCAAAUGCAGCAUGUUCACACCCUGAGUUAUGCUGCAUUGGAUAUACAGUGUACACUUGUUAAAAACCAACUGUAUGAAUGAUUUUGGUGACAUAUUCUGUUCAUGUUUCUAAUGUUUAUUUUGGCACUUGCAUGAAUCCCUAUUUAAAGGACAGGUUUCAAAUGCUCUUGUGAGAAUAAAUAUACUUACUCUUUUGGUGGCUAAACUUACACAACUCCAAUGAAGCACAAACGGAGCAGUGUCAAUGGGAAGGCAUGCCGUUAUUCCCUUGAGGAAUAUAUACCCCAUAAUAGUCAAUAUUUCUCUUUUUUAUUUACUGGAAAUCACUUUUGCUCUUUUAACUUACAAUCCUAAAUUAAAACACCAUCUAUCUGUCCUGCCAAAAGUAAAGCCCAGCUCAUUUUCUGCUUUGCUAAAGGCAAACCAAAAAUUACCCAGCACUAAUUUGGACCACAGACUUACCAUGGCUGCUUACAUAAAUGAAAUACAAAGGCUGCAUUUCUUCCCCAAAAGAGUUGAUCUUGCAGCUCCUAUACUGACAGUGCUAUUUACUGUCAGUGCUGAGCAUUUAUAUUACUAAUUUACAGGAAGACUUAAAAAUGAGGCUGUAUUUCCUCAUGUCAAACCAAAAGCACUCCUAGACAAGCCUGCAAGAGUUUAAUAACCAUACAAAGGCUGAAUCAAGAGCAUGGCUAAUUACUAUUCAGCACAUGUACAGUGGAGCAUUUGUUUCCAAAUCCAUUUUGAUGCAAUGGUGUUUUCUGAAUAGCACUGUGCAGCAAACAGAUAUUUCCUGCUUUUUAACUCAACAUAGUUCUGUUUCUGUUUCAGUUUUAUAGUGAUCAGAUCUUAAACACAACUAAUCCGACUGAGAAUUGCCUUCUUCAUGUUCCUUGUAAAAAUACGUGUUUUCUUUGAUAUUUAUGAACAAACUGUAUUAUGAAUUGUAUGCCAUAAAAACAUUUUAUAUUUGACCUGCCAUAAAAUAUCCCAUAUGGGAUGCGUCAAAAGUAAUAACCGUCCACUUUGAUUUCUGUCUGGGCAUAAAUCUAGCCAAAUUUCCUGCAAUGGAUGGUACAAAGAUGUUGGUUUUUUUUUUUCAUAUCAGUAAAUACAGCACUAAAAGCUUUACAGAAACCUGUCUCAGAAUGAGGUUUUACCUUCCCUGAGAUUCAGCAGUGGUAAAGCCUAUGAAAAGGAUUACCUACAACACAGCAUUCCCAGCAUGUUAUUUCCCUAGCAAGAUUUUUACUGUAGUGGCAUUGAUGUAUUACCAACAGUGAAUUAUUUUUACAGCAUUUUAUUUUCACUUCUUGAAACUGUGUCCGUGCCAUAUGAAAGGUGAGAGCAGAAAUACAGCCUGGGACAACUUUGGAUUUUCAUUUGAAAAUGACUCACAUGACUUAUGGUAAGAGACGGGAGACUGCACAGGUGAACAGUUGGAAAACCAGCACCCUGAAUAUUGCUGGCUUUUGGUCAAUAUCCCAGUUAAGUUUUCAUUAAGUUGUCCAACAGUUAUGUUGAAAAAGCUGUUGUUUUGUUUUCAUGACAGAGAACGUAAGAAGUGGGGAUGUAGUGAAAUAAAGGGAACUAAUUACUGAGGGAAAGGCUGUACAUAGCACUCGACUCGCACUGAGUUCAAAAGGCCUUACAGCAUUUUGUAUAAUCAGUCUGAGAUGAAUGUUUCUGUUUCAAAAAGUGUUUCAUUAAAGCAGCUCCAUUUUUACACAAAAGAA